AUCAGCUUUUCUGCUAUCACCACUCAACUCAUUAUGAAGUCUGUCGCUAUCUUCUGUGCUUUGUUCGCUGUCUCUACCGCUCAAUUGGCUGCCUGGCCAUCCACUUCUUACUCACCAUUCUACCAGGCGUUGUUCGGUGGAGCCGCUGCUCCAGCAGUUGCAGCUGCCCCAGCCUUUGCUGCUCCAGCUUACGCUCCAGCUCUUGGAGCUCCAGCCUACGCCCCAGCUCUUGCUGCUCCAGCAUAUGCUCCAGGACUUGCGGCACCAGCAUUUGCUCCAGCACCAGUCGUCGCUGCCGCUCCAGCUUUGGCUCCAGCAUAUGCACCAGCUCCAGUCGUUGCCGCUGCUCCAGCCUUCGCCCCAGCUUAUGCUCCAGCUCCAGUCGCAUCCCCAAUGAUUGCUGCUGCUCCAGCACUUGCUGCUGCUUCCAUCAACGGACUUCCAGUUGCCGCCGCUCCAGCAUUUGCUCCAGCUUUUGCCCCAGCAGCCGUUCCAGCCGCAGUUCCAGCCUACGCUCCAUUCCAAACUGCCGCUUACUGGAUCGGAUCCAACAAGGCCAAGACUGUCAAGGCAUAAGAUGCGUGACUUCUACGAAAAUCUUUCAAAACUUUUAUGUAUAUUUUGCAACCGUGAACUGCACAAUGAAUAAUUUGAAUAUGAAA